AUGAUCGUUUUAUUAAUUGGGUCCCUAGGAGAGUCACGCGGCAAAGUGGGAGUUCUGAUCGUAGCAUUGAACACUCACCACAACACUCACAUCACUAGGGAAGGGUUGGAGGUAAAGGCAGUGGAGUUUCUUCUCCCUUCUCCCUCAUGGGAGAGAAAGGAUUCAUCCGAUUGUAGUCAUGGCCUGGCUCCCUCUACUCCUGGAAGAUCCCGAUUGAGAUCCGUUACUUGCGGUGAUGAAACUCCUGAUCGCAGCCCUGCUAUUCCAAAAUUCGGUGAAUGGAAUGAAAGUGACCCUGCGUCAGUUGAAGGGUUCACUCACAUUUUUAAUAGAGUGCGAGAAGAGAGACAGGUUGGUGCAGGAACGAAGGUACUUGUCAUGCCAACUUAG